AUGGGUACUGGACCUGUAGAGCGGUCUACGGAAUCUGAGGAUACUCCAUAUCUAGGGUUAUUGUCCGGUGAUGGGGUAAGCAGUUCUGUUGAGAUCUCAGAGGGUGUUGAUGCUGGUGGCUAUUCGAUAAAAUUGUUUGAGAGCCAGCAUAACAUCAUAGCUCAAUUGCUUGCUUCACCUGAGGAAGAAUCAAGCGGUCUUAUUGAACAUGCUUUUGAUACUCAGCUGUGGAGAGAUUUGAUUCUGUCUGAUACAGUUCCCGAUAAUGCCAAUGUUGGAGUUUUGAUAGGUAAAUGCCGAGCUCUUGCUGGUCAAAGAGUUUUGGUUACAUCCAGGAGCAACCUUAGUGGUGUGGUUGGAGAGGUAUCAGGUAAUUGCAGGCCUCCUUUUGCAAUGGGCAUUGGCAGUUUGCGCUCAUUCAGUGAAGAUGUAACUCACCUGCCUGCCAUAGCUGACCAUGAAAUUGAGAAUGUGUCCAAGGAUCUAAUGGCUGCAAGUUGGGAUGAGCUCCCGGAUGCCUUAAUUCAUGAUGCCAAGAUGGCAUUGUCCAAAAAUACAGAGGACAAGGCCGGUCAGGAGAUCCUGGCAAAUGUAUUUCGUGCAGCUGAGGCUUUAGAGCAAUUUGGUGGUGUCCUUGUAUCUUUGAGGAUGGAGAUUGAUGAUACCAUUGGAUUGAGUGGUGAGAAUGUGCGCCCCUUGCCAGAUGAGCUUGCAGAUGCACUCAGUGCAGCCUACAAACGCUACACAAUGUAUUUGGAUGCAUCUGGUCUUGAUGAGGCUUAUUUACGGAAGAAAGUUGAGACUGAACUGGGGACAAAGAUGAUACAUCUAACGAUGAGGUGCAGUGACCUUGGUUCUAAAUGGGGAAAGGUCACAGUUCUUGGAACCUCUGGACUUUCUGGCUUCUACGCCGAGCAAAGAGCUCCAUAGUUUUGGAAAGAUUUUCAUUUUACAUUUUACUGUAAGGUUUUCUUUUGUGUGAAAUGUUUACUCACAUGCAUAAUUGUCUCAAAAGCAAUUUAAUCCAGGUGCUUUUGCAUUA